AUAAUAGUUUUUUGUACUUUGUUUUGCUUCUUGUACGUUAAUGAGUAAUAGGUGAUAAUAAUAGGGGAUUACUCAUUACUGAGUUAUAUUACAUACAAAUACUGCACAGGACUAAUUAUUCAAUCGGUUCCUGGUGCUUAGUAUUUAUCCAGAAUCCUUGGUUAAAACGAGGACCAUGGACCGAGAAGCUUUUAUGGAUGCUGAGCCUUUUAUGGACCUUUAUGCAGAAAGUUACAAUUCUAGUUCCAGUUCAAUUUCAGAAGAAAUAAGAAAACAGAGUCCUAUAGGAAGUGUAUCAGCAGCAUUCAAAUGUAUGACUAGUGAUGCCACUAAGCUCUGUGUUCAUGAUGCACUGUUCAAGCUAAAGGGGACAGGUGACUAUGAUAUUGGAGGCACUUAUGCAGACGGAGAUCCAGAAUUCUGGUUCUUCUACACAGUGUCCGUGUGCCAUGGAGACAACCAUUUACUAAAUUUAUUUGUGUGCCAUAGGAAGACUGGAACAUUUUCUAUAGAAGUAGCAAACUCAAGUAACUUGACACAAAAGGUUUCUCCAGGUGAUGAUGUUCCAUAUUUAUUACUCCCUGAAGACAAUAUGGUCAAAUUCAACUUCAAGUCCACUAAGCCAAAUCUUAAUUACUUCAUCAAAACUUUCUGUUUCAAAAAAUUAGAUCGUUUCAACAAAGCCUCAACAUUAUUCAUACCAAUAAAAAUAACAGUGAACCCAAAGUUUGAACUAAACAAUGACAUUGUAAAAUCUAUCAAACUAAAACAUGAUUUAAGUGGUCUUUUAACAAAGCAGGAAACAACAGAUUAUAUUCUUGAAUCUGCUUCUCGCAAACAGUUUCCAACACACAAGAUACUGCUGGCUGCACAUAGUCCCGUGCUGAUGAAAAUGAUCAAGGAAUCCGAUGUUGCCUCAUUGGUUAUUGAUAUAAGUGAUAAAGAUAUGGAGCUACUUUUGGAGUUCAUAUAUACAGGAACUAUAAAAAACAUAAUGCAGGAAGACUGUGUAAAGCUGCUACAAAUAGCUGAUAGGUUCCAGUUGACUCAGCUUUUUACCCUAACACAGCAUGUGAUUGGUGAUCAGAUCAAUCCAAACAAUGCAAUAGAAAUGGCAAUAGUUGCAAAGAAAUUUAAAUUACAUGAUUUACUAAAACGAGUUUUUACCUAUAUUGCAAAGAAUCCUAAAGUGUUAGAUUCUGAGGGAUGGAAGAAUCUACAAGAUGUUGAACUGGCUAAAGAUCUGUUCCAGUACUCUCGUAACCUGGUUCAGUCAGUUAUAGACGAGUUACCCUUACUCGCCGUCCGCCGACCCGCGCUGGCGGUUGUCAGAGAUCGUCAAGCGAUCCCCAACGCCGGGAGAUUGUCACGCGGUCCCCGACGACAGGAAAUCGUGACGCGGUCCCUGAGGCCCGUAGAUCGUCACCGAGUCAUCGAAUGUUUCCUACUAGUGAGGACAUAGGCCUCUUUCUUGGCGAACAUCACUGCUUCGCAAAAAGAGGAAACGAUUUCCCACUUCCUCUCACUACGCACCAUAGCCUCGACUAAGGCCGGAUGCGAGAAGUAGUCGCUUUUUCGACACGGACCUGCUUAGCCCUGCUCAGCCCGUGUCUCGAAACUGGUACCUCCGGAAAUUUCCGUGUCCGGUAAGAACCUGCGUCAAGCGGAAGGUGAGGAGUUGAGGUCGCCAUAAAUAUGUAUGUCCUAAAGACAAAUUAAUAAGUAUAUUACACCUUUUUUUGUAGUACGUAAAUGUAAAAGUGAUUUAUUUUUUAUUACAGCAAAUGUCGCGUGUGCUCCUCUAAUUUGGAAAGAAAUUAAUGGGGUGUAAUGUAAUAGGAAUGAAAAGUGAAACGAUAUUGGACAUGGUAAAGGUCUGUGAUAAUAGUUGGAGCAUAUUCAAAAUGCGAUCAGAUAAAUAUUAAUGUUAAUGUAAUUAAUUAAUGCGUUUGAUAAUUUUUUUUAGCUGUAUUUUUAUUUAUUUUUUAAUGUAUU